AUGGUCAGCGGAAAGGCAAAGGUAGUGUGUGCUAGGCUCUAUGAGCAACGCAUUGCACAUGAGCAGGCAAUAGAUGAGCAGCAGGUUCACGCAGGCCAGCGAGAUGCACCGAGGGAUGAAAUGGCAAUAGCAGGCACUCUUUGGGCCAGUGGCCAGAAUGAUCCCCAACGCACCUGGUUAAUCAGUUGGCCGACGACACUAUUAUGUCACUUGCGUGAUUGCACAUUGCACUCUGAGAAUGUCCGUUCACAAGCACAGACGGAAUACCACCAAUCAUAUUCACCACAAAAAGGUGCUCAGGCCCAUCAGCCAAACGCAACUCCAGCAUAUCUCAGUGCUAUACCUCCAAUCAUUCUCGCUGCCAGCCCACCAUGCACAUCAGAUCUCAAUUGGUCAUUGACUGUGCAGUCUGCACGUCCGAGUUUGCCUACACUGUCAAUUCCUGAGACUGACACGGCCUCGAGUUCUUCUAGUAUCCUUUACCACGACUUGCUGUCCGUCAGUCCGAGUCCUGCCCUCUUGGAAGUCUCAUUACCAUCCCAUCCGAAGCGCCAAUGUCUAAUCCAAUCUGGUCAAUACUACUCUCGGGCUGUUUCUAGCUCACUUCCACCUCUCUCUCCCAUAGUACUGGGCAACCAACUUAACGGCUUCGGUGAUCAAGCUUGGACUGCUGCAGAUCAAGCCGAUUGGGAAAUCGGACUUGCAAGACUCACUGCGAGUGCUGGCUUGCCGCUCCGAUGGGUUGAAAAUCAUGAGUGGAAAGUUUUGUGUGACCAUUUUCUCCCAAGAGCGAAAAUUCCCUCUGCAAAAGUCUUAACGCAACGUGUCCUGCCCCACGCCCUUAAUAUACUCAAAGGUGCCGCUAAAGAGGAAUGUCAAGGCGCUGAUGCAACAUUGCAAUGCAAUGGUUGGACUGGUGAAAAUCACCAUCAUCUCCUGGGGUUUAUGAUGACUGCUCACCGAAAGUUGCACACGAUUAAAGUUCACGAUGCUUCGAUGGACCCUCACACUGCCGAAGAACUUCUCAAGCAGAUGUUAGACGCAAUCAGCAGAAUCGAGACCGAGUGGGGGGCAAGUGUUAUCGCUUGCACCACAGACGCAUCUGGAGACCUUUUCAAGGUCAAAGAUGACUACGGGGUCUAUGGAGACAUGGCACAAGAGCUAAUUAUGUGGCUACGCAGCAAGACACGUGUGCUUGCUAUUCUCCGUGAAAUACAGAUGGCGACAAUUGGAAAAACACUUGCAGUUCUCAGAGCAGUGCUGACGCGCUGGAUGUCACAUUAUCUUGCCUAUCGCCGUCUCCUUGAGCUUCGUCCUGCACUCGAAUUGCUUGUAACAAAGCAUGAAGCACAUUUGAUAUCAGGUGGAGAUGUACAGUCAUGCAGAAAGACUCAAAUAGCCAUUGUGACAAUCAAAAAUGCGACAUUUUGGCAUGCAUUGGCAAGAUGGAAAACAUUGCUGGAGCCAAUUUCCCUCAUGACGAACGUUCAUCAAGCAGCCCAAGCAAGACCCAAAAAUGUUGCAAUUUCAUUUGGUUUCCUGCACUUUCGCUACUCCAAGAUCGACAAUGACACUGAUCUUGCAGCUCGUACAGCUGUUCUUGCGAGCAUCGAGCGCCGCUGGGAACAGUGCGACCAAGAAGUCUUCAUCGCUGCCAUCAUUGUGAAUCCUUUCUACAAAGUUUCUCCAUUCCAGAAUGUACCUCUCACAACACGUGCAGGGCUUGUGACACUUUUUGCACAUCUUUGGCGCCGUUUUUACAACACUAACAAUAUACCACUCAAUCUUUACACGGACUUGGACGACUAUUUGAAUAGUUAUCAUGACUUCGCAUACAUGGACAACUACAAGCUUUCACUGUUAUAUCACGCAGAAAAGGAGGGUGUUUCAGUUGAUCCAAUUGAUAUCUGGACAGGACUAUCGCAUCCCGGUUCGGCACGUCGACCACUUCAUACUAUUGCCCAGCGUCUUCUCUCAAUCUGCCCAAAUUCUGCCUCUUGUGAACGCCUUUUUAGCAUGUUUGGUGCAAUUCUCACGAAAUGGCGAAAUCGGCUCUCAACUGAGACACUCACCCUUCUGGCAGAACUCAAGAUGUAUGUUCAUGAAGAGCAUGUACGCAAUGACGUGGUCAAGAAGUGGCUUCGACGCCAGCACUGUGACACCGAGGACACUGACAAGGCCAAGCCUACUCAAAUAGUCCAUGCAGUUGGUGGUGAUCUAUUGGGAGAAAGCAGUGAACGAGAGCCAUGCAGCCUUGCUUUCGAGAGGCGAGGGAUAAGUGAUGUUGCAGCAGACCUUAUCCGAGCUGUUCAGGAGGAGGAGGAGAUUUCUGCCACAGAAACAAUGCACUCAGUCCCCGUCAGCGCUGCUGGUGGUUCAUUCUCUCACAUUGCUAUCAAAGACUUACUCGACUAUUCUCAUGCAGAGGAAUGGCUGGGAUCUUUUUAUAAAGUCGCCAUUCGAGGUUUAGAUGCUGAGCUUGAGUUGUACGAGCUUCUUGACUUGGAUGCAGAGGGAGUUGAUGAUCCAGACUUUCCUCAAGCUGACGAUGUUCUUGACGAGUAG